AUGUUAUACAUCUCGAGAAAGGUUGAUAAUGCAGCAAAUUAUGUGAAAGACCAGGGUAUAAACAGCCCCCAAGAUGAGAGCAUUCAAUUCAGGACUGUCCUCCACUGCGCACCGCUGGAAACGCAGGGCUACGUCAGCAACGAGGCCACGCCCUCCAACAACUACACAAACUAUCACUAUGGUCCCCUCAUGGAUGGGUCCACGGAUGGGUCCGGUCUAGAAUACCAGAACGCAACCAUCACAGUGGAGAGUGCAUAUUCCCAAUAUGCCAAGCAAGAAGAGAACCCUUGGAGAUUCCCGCGCAACUUGCUUCUCGGGGCUCUGGAAUCACACAAAUACUUCAGCAGCGGGUUAAUAGGAGAGCUGCCAGACGACCAGUGGCAAAUCGAUGUCUCCCACUGGUUCGCAAUAUAUCUGGCUUCUAUACAGGCCGAAGUCGUCAAUACUGCGAUGGGACCGACCGAUCCUACUCUCAGCCAGUAUACUAUUCGUCCACCAAACAAACAUAUUCAAGGAUUAUGCCAGAGCCAGAAAAUACUCAGCACUGAGUAUAUAUCUUUUAGCUUGUUCGGGCUAUACUUUGCCUACAUCUCAGGCAUCCUUAUCUUUACAAUAUCUUAUUUGCUGGAACCAAUCUUUUCCUGUCUCUAUCACCGACGCAAGUACGGAGAAUACACCUACCUUGAAUGGGCAGCUACAGAGACGCUCCAACUUCAGCGUGCAAGCUACCAAGGCAUAGGAUCCGGGACAUGGUUCGGCCACACAAAGGCCAUUCCCAUGACCAGAAGGGGCGAGACGCUGGGGAACCUGCCAAUGUCUUAUUCCGAGCCGAGAAGUGGCCCUGCUAGCAUCGCAGGCUCUUCCAAGUCGUUGUACGGGUAA